AUGCGAACUUCGAUCGACUUACCCAAAGCCAGAGCAAAGAAAAUUAACCAGAUUGAAAUUCAGAGAUUGAUCAGUACCUUCGUACUCGAUAGUGAUCCUCAUGUUAGAAAAAGCUCGUUAGAUGCCCUGGUACAAAUGCAUGUGCGUGGGUGUCCUUUGGAUCUGUCCCUUUAUGCACUGGCGGUACAAUCUUUGCGUGAUGAUUUCGACGAAGUUCGAAUGGGUGGUCUUAAUUUGAUAGGGGCCCUGAGUUCAUUGUAUCCGGAACGACAAAUGAAAUUAGCGCACGAACAAGUAAAAGACACAGUGCGCCUGAUUGACGAUGCUUUUGUACGAAUUUGCGAUUUGGUGAAUGAUGCCUCUCCCAUUAUUCGCACGAAAGCCUGUAUCUUGAUGGCGUCGUAUCAGCAUGUCAACACACACGUACUCGCACAGACCUUUAGUAAACAAAUUAUGUCUCAUUUGAAAAGGAGAACAAUGCAGCACAGGCCUUCGAAGCAUAAAAAGACGACCGAAAUUCCUAUUGCUGAAGGAGAUAUCGAUGUACAGUCAGAUGAGUUUCAUUUGCUGGAUUCCGGAGCUUGUGGCGCCUUUGUGCAUGGGUUAGAAGAUGAAUACAAGGAAGUUCGCAGUGCUGCCAUUGACUCUAUUUGCGAACUAUGCAUGUAUAACGACCAUUUAGCCGGAAAGGCCAUCAUUUGUCUCGUUGACAUGUUUAAUGAUGAGAUUGACAAAGUACGCAUCAACGCUAUUCAAAGUCUGCGUAAAAUUGGAACGCGCACAAUUCUGGAAUUCGAUGCAGAACAGUUGGAGAUUGCGUUGGGUGCAUUGGACGAUAGUGAUCGCGUGGCACGAGAGGCUACGCAUGAUCUCAUCAAGGUGAUGCGACUCACUGAGAAAAACACCUUAACCACCUUGUUGGAUGGCCUCAUGACCAAUAUGAAGCGAUAUCCCCAAGACCAACUCUCGAUCUAUCGAUGUUUGAGAGAUGUGGGGCGAAGGCAUGCUGACUACGUCGAAACGUUGAUUCCUACGCUGUUGAGCCUCGAUAAACGCUAUCUUCCUCGAGAAAUGAAUAUGGAAGAUCAUGUUUACAUUGCAAAUGUGAUCCUUAUUGUCAAUGCUUGCACCACCGAUCCGUCAAUGUUAACGGUAUUACCGAAAUACAUGUUUCGCCAUUUCGUAUACCUGCAGAGCAGGUAUUCCGAUUGUAUUCCUGAUCUACGAGAACUACUGAAAACCGCAAAUAUGGAAUUGCAAGCUGACGUGGAUUGCUUGCCCGUAUCUUCUUCGGCGUUUGGCAAGAAUCUACUGGAUGCCAAAGAUGUGGAUGAUUAUGUGAUGUCCACACUUGAUACUUUGACAAAGCUGCGAACAUUGAUGUUGCGCUCGGAAUACACUGUAGCACUGAAAACAAUCGAGGUGGCAACAAAAAAUUUUCGCUAUAUUACCACGUUAAAACCGAUGCUCGCCGGUAAAGCAGAAUUAGCUAUAUUAUAUCUCGAAUGUUACGAGCAUGCUAUCAAGAUUAUACAAAGCCAUUCAUCACCUACCUAUGCCGCUACAGCACAAGUAACUGCAUCAGCUCUUCUCCGUCUCACGUAUACGAUGCAGUACAAUUUCUUGGGUGUAUCCACCCAAACUUUACAUGCUUUGAUGUAUUUCCGUAUUUUAGCCAACAUGACUUGGAUGAAACUUGGCGAAGCUGGUCUUCACGAUCAAACUAUUGCCGAUCUUCGAACUAACCUUGCAAAAGCCAGUACUGUUCCCACCAUGGUGAAAAUGACGGCUCUGUAUUCGUUUAUCACGGAAAUCAAUCUUGAUAAUCCUGUCAAACGCACUCGUGCAACCAUUACGUGGCCCUUGCCUAACCGCAGCAAACCCCUCAAGUUUUCCUCUCAAUUCCCCAUUAAACUCUCUGUCGAAGCCGAUCUUUAUCAUGUCCUUGAUCCGAACGAUAUCGCUCUUGAGAUCGUACUCCCGGAUCAGUCUUGCCAUGUAUUUUGGCCAACAUCAAAUGAUUUCAUGCCAACCACUCCUUACUGCUAUAAAUUGUCGGUUGAUGUCGAGCUUUUAAUCGCCAAUUGGACAGAAACAGGUGUGGUCAUUAUACGUAUCGUGCGUUCGUUUGAACCUGAUCUUCCUGGAUUGGAUGACUUCAUAAUGAAACAUCCAAAUUCCAAAACCACCGCAGGAUUGACAUAUGACACCCGAAAAACUACAUCUACCACAGCAAUUAGUAGCAAUCUAAAAUACUGCCUUUGUCCGCUACCUUAA